AUGAGUGGAAACAGUUUAUUAUCAUCACCAUUAUCAUUAUUAUCAUCAUCAUCAUCAUCAUCAUCAACAACAACAACAACAAUAACAACAGCUACUACUACUGCUUUACCUGCAUCGGUAUCAGCAGCAGCAGCAGCUGGAGCAGUUGCAUCAAUAGCUACAGCAGCUGCUAACGCGAUCCGAAAUAGCAAUAGCACAAGUAAUAGUGGUAGUAGUAAUAGUUGUAAUAAUACUGUGCUACAAACGACAACAACGCCCGAAGGCGGAGACAAUAAGGUUGCUGUUAGUACUACUACUAAUGCUACAGCAGUAGCAGUAAGUGCCAUCCAACAGUUGCAGCAUCAACAACAUCAUCAACACUACCACCAUCAUCAUCAUCAUCAUCAUCAGCAGCAGCAGCAGCAGCAGCAAGUAUCAUCAUCUUCAUCACCAUCAUCAUCAUCAUCAUCAUCGCAAAUAGCAGCAACAACAACAACAACAACAAUAGCAAUAGCUACGACAAUAGCAACAACAUUAGCAAUACCACCACCAUCUUCUGCUAUUGUUUUACCAACUCAGCCAAAUUCAAUCACUGGUCUAUCAUCAUCAUCUCAGGUUCACGAGAUUACCUGCAAUUUAUGCCCGAAAACUUUUGCUAGUCAAAAAUUACUUCAACAACAUCAGCAUAUGUUUCAUACUGAUAAAGCAUUCAUUUGUGAAAUUUGCGGUAAAGCAUUUCGAUUCCGGUCUAAUUUAGCGGAACAUCGAUCCGUUCAUACCGCACUUAAGCCAUACGUUUGCAAAUUUUGUGGCAAAUCAUCAAGGCUUAAAGGAAAUUUAACGAAACAUAUUUUGAAACAUCACAAACAAGAGCAGAAUGCCUACAUUGGUAAAGAUGAUAUUAUAAUUAAAAAGGGUAAAAAAUCGGUGAAAGAUCCCGCAGCUGUUGAUUUCCUCGAAAAAUCCAUGAUAGUAUUGACUUCCGGUACCUCAGAGAAUCCGCUUAAUUUACCCGCACAGAAAGAUGAAGCAAUGGAUGAUGAGAAUGAUAAGGGUCGUUCAAUAUUUAUGUCUCUUGGCCUUGAUACGGGCAGCAUGGAUCUCAGGUCAACUUCACCUGAGGAAGAAUCCAUUUUUACGGUUCAUGGCGAGAAACCGGCUGUCGAUCCGAUGAUAGAUGAACAUACUGGAAUGGGCGGUGGUGAAUUGGAUUGUGACGAGGGUACGUCAUCACCGCUCAACAAUAUUAGUACUAACGAGCAUCUUACCUCACUGAUCGCUCAUAUGGCUAAUAAUACACGAACUCAAUGUCCGGAAUGUGGCAAACAUUUCCGUAAAGGCUCAUCAUUACAAGUGCAUAUGACACUGAAUCAUGGCUUUCCACCACCUGGUAGUUCAAUUUCAUCUGAUGAUCAGGUUGAAAAGUGCUCUGAUUGUGGCACUUCAGCCGAACCAGGAAAUUCUCAGAAUGAAAAUCCUUCAUCGGCACCGGUUCAUCAGGAAAUUAAGGAAAUUAAAUCAAUGAUCGGUGAAUUACGAUCAGCUCAAAGUACGGCACGUGUUGAGCAGAAAGGGAAGAGAAAAAGUUUUUUUUUUUUUUUUUUAUAA